CUCCAGUGCUGGUCGUGGGUGCCGGACCGGUCGGACUGAUUACAGCGUUGAAGCUGGCACACCAUGGAAUCCCGUGCAUGCUCACCGAACGAAAUCUUGAGACGACAAGAUGGCCAAAAAUGGACGUUACCAAUGCACGGUCUAUGGAGCUCCUGAGGACAAUGGGCCUGGCGGACGAGUUGAAAGAAAAUGGUGUUCCGGGAAAUUUCUCUUUCGAUGUUAUCUUCAGUACAGGCUUGGGUGAAGGGGGGGAAAAGCUUGCGACAUGGGAUCUUCCGUCGCCAGAUUGGUGGCGGGAGCGCAUCAGCCGACUAAAUGAUGGUUCAAUGCCUCGGGAGCCUUAUCUACGGUGCUCACAAGUCAUUUUCGAAGCGUGGCUGAAACCUAUCUGCGAGAAAAACCCGCUGAUUACAACUUUUUUUGGCCGCAAAUUCGAAGAGCUUACAGAAGAAAAAGACGGCGUGACGAGCGUGCUUACAGAAAUCAAGACCAAUGAGAAAAUUCGUGUCAGAAGUCAGUAUGUGAUAGCUUGCGACGGUGCAGGAAGCCGCGUCAGAAGAUCAGCCGGCCUGAAAAUCACGGGUGGUCCGGUACCGAUCGCCAUGUACUUGGUUCACUUUAGAUCCCGAGAUCUAAGCCGACUUCAGUCUCAGGGCCAAUUUUGGCAUAUCUUUAUGACCGGCGGCGGAGCCAUAAUUUCUCAGGACGAGGAUGAAAUCUGGACGGUCCAUCUUCCGAUAUCACUCGAGCAGGAUACAGACAAGAUAGACCCAUACGAGCUCGUCUAUCAGUUUCUGGGCUCCCACACCGGUCCUUACCCCAUAAACAUUGAUGAAAUCCUGGUCAAGAGUGUCUGGAGGCCGAAUUUGGUGGUGGCAGACGAGUAUCGUUCUGUAAAAGGACGUGUUUUCCUUGCGGGUGACUCAGCUCAUCAGAACAUUCCUACGGGAGGAUAUGGAAUGAACAUGGGCCUCGGUGAUGCUUACGAUAUCGGAUGGAAAUUGGCUGCCGUGAUCAAAGGCUAUGGAGGACCGCAUCUCCUGGAAUCGUACGGCAACGAAAGGCGGCCCGUGGCAUUGCGUAAUGUCGAGCGAUCAGGUCAACAUCAGUCCGUCCACUGGGAAUACUGUACUUGGACAAAGAAUGCUGGUGAAGAGGUUAUACUCUCUCAAAACGAAGCAGGGAAGCAACUGAAACAACGCAUCAGAGACUACGUCUACGAACAUGAUGGCGAGAAUAAGGAUCAUGGAAUCGAAAUGGGCUACCGGCACAGAACCUCUCCCGUGAUUUUCAGAAAUGACGGUGAAUCGGAGCCCGAAUGGACCGUGCGCAGCUACAUUCCUUCAACGUGGCCAGGAAGCCGCGCUCCCCAUGUCUUCCUUAAUGACGGCAGCACAAGUAUUUUCGAUCUCUUUGGAGAUGAUUAUACCAUUGUGGACUUCACUCCCUCUGGAGAAGCAUCGAAAAACUUUGGCAAAGCUGCAGAAAAGCUCAACAUCCCACUUAAACAACUGCAUCUCCCUCGCGAAGAUCAUUCUGCGGCCAUUUGGGAACGAAAGGUCGUCCUAGUACGACCCGAUCAGUUUGUGGCCUGGAGAAGCCGCGAGGACCUAUCGAGCCCUUUGGACGACUACCAAAUUGAUAAUAUACUUCAGAUAGCGGUGGGAAAGCGACCGGCACCGCAUUCGGCUGCUCUGAAUGGUGCUAUCGAGACAUCCGCUCAGUCAGCUCAUGGAGGCGCAGGUCUAAACCCAUUCAGUGCUACCGUUGGCAACGUCGAGCAAGAUGCAGGCAAAAUCGAAAAGAUGGCAGCUUUCCAGAGCGAGGUGUGAGAUGGAAC